AGCAGUGAAUCUGAGGCUAAGCUGGCUCACGUUGCAGGAAAAAAGGCGGUCUAAGAAUGUGAGCCAAGUAUUCUACCACGACAGCAAAGUAGAGGGAAUGUAGAAUACACUCCGUAGAAGACUGUUUUGCCUACAACAUAGGUAAACGUUAACUAGAUUUCAGCUUUAAGCAUUGUAAUAGCUAUGAGUUCAUUGUUGAAGUUGGUCAGCUUGAAAUGUGAGAGGCUGGGGUGCUGUUGCGCUAGUCACACACUUCUAACUCUUGCCGCCCCAUCAAACAAACCUCCAACCGGCUACAAAACCAUGGGUUUGACAAGCGGUAGCCACGACAUCCCAUAUCUUCCAGCCGAGGUCCACCUGGUCAUCGCGCGGUAUUUACAUCGUGACGAUCUCCCCAGGUACCGCUUGGUCAGCAGAGUACUUGCGGAUAUCGGCAAACCAGAACUCUUUAAAACAAUCGUACUGCAGAGCACUGUAGCCAGUGUGUCGGCACUCAAGCAUAUCUUACAGAACAAACAGCUAUCCAAUCUUGUUCGAACUUUGAUAUGGGAUAUCAAUACGUAUAGAAUUGGUACGGACGUGAGAGAUUGGCAUGAAUGGACGGGAUACUGCGAAUCUCGAGCAGAACAUGUCGAUUCUGAUCAGGCAGCCCUUUACAUGGAGCUCGCUGCAAGUCGACAACAUUGGGAGAGUUACCUGUCUCGCGUAGAUGAAGAGAGGGCUGUCACUCGGGAGAUACAGCUUUUGACUCGCAAUAAAUUGCGACUACCAAAUUUACAGGCAACUUGUAUUGUCAAAGGCGCUUAUCAGCUUGAUGACCGGCAUGUGAGUCGAUCACAAGCGCAAGCCAUGCGACUUCCUGUGACUCGCCCACUUGAAAAAUGGCGGGGAGACACGUUAACUCAUUCUGUUACGUCGGCCUGCUUGUCUAUCAGCGAUCCUGUUAUCUCUAAUACAACCAAAUGUCGGAUCUUCGGAUUCACAUUGCGAAAGUAUAGCGAAACCAAUGUCGCCUCACAUGAGCAAGAGGAAAAAACCAGAGUGACCAGCUUAAAGAUCAAACUCCGCGCCUCAGAGCACUACCGGUAUCCACCUCGAAAGUUUCAAGUUCAUGCGUUUUCCACGUAUCUUGUGCGGCGUCCGAACCUCGAAUCUUUACGCCUCGAUCUUCACAGCCGCAUCGACACAACCGACUCAGCACAGACGGCAAUUCAAGACAUCUUCGAGCCGACUGACACAUCCGUUUCUCCAGAGCACCAUACACUCGCAACAUGGCCGAAGCUUCGCAAACUAUCCUUGAAUCACUUCGACUCCAGCCCGAGAGCGCUCGUAUCUCUUGUGACCAGACACAGCUCAACGCUACGAGACCUGAGACUCAAGGCUAUAUGGCUUGACAACAGAGAGGAGGAGGAGAAUCCGGUACAUCAGACUUGGGUGGAGGUUUUCAGGAGCAUCGGAACGAUGACCAAGCUGGAUAAGGUCGUACUAUCGGGCGCGUUUCGUAAUACCAGCCACGAAGAUGAUGUCUGGGAUUUCGACGAUGAGAAACUCCAAAGUGCUGUGGCUGAUUGGAUUUGUGAUCUUGGCAAGGAUUCAUUUCAGGAUAGCCACAUGAUCAUUCGAGAGCCGUUGAAGGCACGCAUGGCGCUGCUGGAGUGAGGACAGAAUACUGGGGAAGGAGCUGCAAGUAAAGUUCGAAGGGAUCGGCCCGUCCUGUUUAGCUUCUUGACGAGUGCUGGGCUUGGCUCGGCCUGCUUUC